CAAGUUUUCAUAAUCGUUUCUUCACGCAGAUCUAUCAAACCAGCAUCGAUUUCAUCUCUGCAUUUUCAGAUUCCAUUAACUUCUCGAAGUUAAGGAACUCACAGAUCUGAAAUAAUGGCGCGGCGACUUUCACUGCCCGCGUUUUCUGUAUUCCUGAUCUUGUUCUCUCUGCUCAACGAUUCUGUUCUCUGUAAAACACUUAAACGAGAUGUUAAAGCAUUGAAUGAGAUCGAGGCUUCUCUUGGCUGGAGAGUGGUGUAUUCAUGGGUUGGAGAUGAUCCGUGUAGCGAUGGUGAUCUUCCUGCUUGGUCCGGUGUCACUUGUUCUACUCAAGGGGAUUACUGAGUGGUUACUAAAUUGGAAGUUUAUGCGGUUUCUAUCGUCGGACCGUUUCCCACUGCUGUUACUAAUCUCUUGGAUCUCACUAGGCUAAUAAUAGUGUAAUGUUUCUCCAAAUAAAUCCCUAUCCCACCCACCCUCCUCUACGCCAUCAUCACUGUGAGCUUUCAAUAUCCCCGCCGAGAAGAAACCUCAUUACAGAGCUUUCUUUUCCAACCCCUAUGGAUCAUUGGGUGACAACAGAUGAGGACAUUGACAGACAACAACGAGCCAGUAGAACACAAACAUACUUGUUUCCCCUGAAAUCCCAAUCUUUCAGAGAGAAAACAACGGCGGGCUGGUUGGGAAGGCAAUUUUUGCAGCAAAUGAGUCGAGGGAAUGAAUUUUCCGACGACGAAAUAGAGCGUGUAACCGCCGUAGCCGCCGCCGCCUACGCAAUUCAUUCCAUUCAGAAUUCAGAAAUUGCGAGACGCAAAAAGAAUGCCGAUUAUCCUGAAACGUCGUCGUUCCCAAAGUUUACACACCUCAAGGAAGACAAUCGCCCCCCCACUCCUCGUCCGGCGCCGGAACCUGCUAAGCUUUCCCGGCGGUUAAUAGAUAAAGAUCUUCUGAAAGAUCCUGAAGAAAGCCCAGUAAGGAAUGUGUCAGUGACCCACGAACAACCAAAACAGAAACCAACGGAAAAGACAACCGAUCCCGGUAACCGUCCAUACUUCAAAGAGACAGCUUUUUCCGGCAACAAACCAGACAUCUCCGGCAGCCGAAGAACAGAACCAGAGAAACCAUCAAACAUCUCCGGCAGCCGAAGAACAGAACCAGAGAAACCAGCAGGCAUCUCCGGCAGCCGAAGAACAGAACCAGAGAAAUCAGCAGACAUCUCCGGCCGGCGAAGAACAGAACCAGAGAAACCAGCGGUAGUCCCAAGACCUCCAACUCCAAUUAAUCGGCCGACCGACCCACAAAAACCACUCCCAACCCAAACCAGACCUUAUGAUUCAAGAGAAACAAAAGCAGAUCAGUGGGAAAAGGCUGAGAUGGCUAAAAUCAACGAGAGAUUCCAUAAAGUGAACGAGACAGUAUCUUACUGGGAAAGAAAGAAGAGGGACAAAGCCAUGAGGAAAUACGAAGAAUCACAGGCUGCGGGCGUGAAGAGGUCGAAGAGGGAAAAAGGAAGAAAGAAAUUCGAGGAAGACAUGGAUUUCAUAAAGCAAAUUGCAGAAGAAGCAAGAGCCAAAGCCGAUCAAAAGCGAAGAAAUGAUAUUCUUAAAGCUAAUCAAAAAGCAGAUAUUAUCAGACAAACAGGGGACCUCCCUGUUUCUUGUUCCUGCUGCUGAACACUAACGAAUUCCAUUAUCAAACUUCGUAAUCACUUUGUUGACCAUCAAACUGUAAUGAUUUCACUUUUUUUUUUUUUCUUCUUUUUGUGUGCACAUUACUGAAUGACUGCUCUGUGAACAAAAAUAACCAGUAAUUCGUGUUGCUUUCAAAUGGGUUCUCUGUUUUACUCUGUUUUCA